AAUGAAUAAAUACUUAAUGGAUAGGGCCAGUAAAAUCAUAACUAUUACAUUAAUUAUCAUUUAACUAAAUAUUUUAAGGUUACAAACAAUAAUAUAUAUCAGCCACCACCAACAUGGUGAUGCUUUGUUGGCAUAUUAUUUGAGUUCCUAGUUCCCAUUGCUAAGAAUGAGUUCCUUCCAAUUGUUGUUUUUACUUCCAUCUUUCUUUUUCCACUUUGUUCAUUGCUCUCCUUCUCCCAUCUUAGAAGCUACUAUUGAUAAUGUUACGAAUGCUUACUAUAACUGCACAAGGAACACCACUUCUGCUACCAAUAAUGCUUACCAUUCCAACAUCAAAACACUCCUAGAAUGGCUUUCCUCAAAUAGCAGUAACAGCCUCAGAUACUACAACACCACAGUUGCUAGCCAAAACUCUGCAGACACUGUCUAUGGUUCUUUCCUUUGUGUUAGAGACAUUGACCCCAGACUAUGCCAGUUGAGCGUGAUAGAAGCAGCCAAACUCAUAUCAUCACUGUGCACCACAGCAGCAGAAGCCAUAGUUUGGUACUCAGUAUGCUAUGUGCGCUAUUCUGAUCGUCGCUUCUUUUCCACCGUGGAGAAAAGUCCAGAACUUUCUUUCAUGAAUGAUAAGAAUUAUGUGGGUCAAGUUGAGCGCUUCAACAACAUUCUUUGGGACAUGUUGAACAAUUUGAGAAUUGAGACAGCAAAUGCUUCUACUAAAUUUGCUGAGAAGUCAGUGAACCUCACAGACAACCAAAAAUUAUAUGGCUUCACUUGGUGUGUCCCAUACCUAUCCAAAGAAAACUGUGGUUGGUGUCUUACCAGUGCUAUAGCAGAAGUUCCAACCACUUGCUGCAGAGGAAAAUCUGGAGGCUCAAUAUAUUAUCCCAGUUGUGGUGUUAGAUUUGAAUUAUAUCCAUUCCACAAGGAACUCGGCAAUAUUCCUUGGGUGCCACCGGCUACAAGUCCUUACCUUUCAGCUUUACCAGGAAAAGGAAAACAGAAGACAUUAACAUUAAUUGUGAUCGUAGUUCCAAUUGUUGUUUCACUGGUGGUUCUAGCCUUGGGAUACCGUUGCUUUCUAUAUAGAAAAGAAAGAAAGAAUCAGCAUGACAUUCUCAAAGAAAGCUUUGGGAAUGACAUUGCCACUUUUGAGUCCUUGCAAUUUGAAUUAGCCAAAAUUUAUGCUGCAACAAACAGAUUUGCUGCAGAAAACAGAAUAGGCAAAGGUGGAUUUGGAGAAGUCUACAAGGGAAUUCUUUCGGAUGGACAAGAAAUUGCUGUGAAGAGGCUUACAAGAAGUUCUGGGCAAGGUGCAGUAGAGUUUAAAAAUGAGGUUCAAGUUAUAGCCAAGCUUCAACACAGGAAUCUAGUGAGAUUACUAGGAUUUUGUUUGGAAGAUGAAGAGAAGAUACUUAUCUAUGAGUAUGUACCAAACAAGAGUCUUGAUUACUUUUUAUUUGAUCCCCAGAAGAGAAAACUGUUAUCUUGGUCUCAACGUCAGAAAAUCAUCAAAGGAAUUGUCCGUGGAAUUCUUUAUCUACAUGAAGAUUCUCGCCUCAAAAUAAUACAUCGUGAUCUAAAACCUAGCAAUGUCUUGUUAGAUAGUAAUAUGAAUCCGAAAAUAUCAGAUUUUGGCAUGGCUAGAAUCAUGUAUACAGAUCAAAUUGAAGAAAGUACAGGCAGGAUUGUAGGGACAUAUGGUUAUAUAUCUCCAGAAUAUGCAAUGCACGGAUACUUUUCUGUGAAAUCCGAUGUGUUUAGUUUCGGAAUUAUGGUUCUAGAGAUUAUUAGUGGAAAGAGGAAAGGUUGUUCUGCUGAAUCAGAGUGCGUUGAUGACAUCCGAAGAUAUGCUUGGAAAAAAUGGGCAGAGCAAACGCCGUUGGAACUGGUGGAUCCUCAUAUAGAAGGAACUUAUUCUCAAGAAGAAGUCAUCAAGUACAUCCACAUUGGUUUAUUAUGUGUUCAGGAAGUUCCAGAAGAAAGACCUACAAUGGCAACAAUUGCAUUCUACCUCAACAGCCCUUCAAUCAACUUGCCAUCACCUCUCGAACCUCCAUAUUUUAAGCGUAGUGGAAUUGAAGAAAACACGACCCAGAUCAAAGAAUUGGACAUUAUCAGUGAUUCCACCAAUGGAAUCACUUGACUACAUUCUUUCCUCGUUAAGACAUAGGUGAAAAUCGUUUUCGUUGUAUCAGUAAUAUUAUCUACUGUUACAUAAUGAUUAUAGACCACAUAAUUGAAGCAUAUGAUAUACCCUUGGAAUAAACUUUCCAAGAGUUUGGAAACAGACAAUGUUAAAUUAUAACAUACACUAGAGUACAUUAUCUUCAAAUAAAAAUAAUUGUUAAACUCAUAGAA